AUGGCGGAAGGAAUGGAUGUUCAAACCACGAUGGCAAGUGGCAUGACCACAGGGACUCCGUAUACUAUCACCGUAGUCUCGGUCGUCAAGGCCUGCCUCUUAGCCGUGACGACCACCCUUAUUCUCCUUGGCAACUCUCUGUGCUUGAUCGUUCUACGCUACACACACGAUGGUGUCAGCCCCGUCACCAAACUGUUUCUGAUCUCGCUGACCAUCAGUGAUCUGUUGGUUGGUGUGCUCGUCGGUGUGCCUGUGGUGGGUUCCACGGCCCUGCAGAGUUGGCCUUACGGGGACGCCUACUGCACGGUGGUCGCCAUGUGCCACGCCUUGUACUUCAACGCUGGCAUGUCCGUGUUGGCCAUCAACAUCGAGCGAUACAUCGCGGUGAUUUGGCCAUUGAGAUACCCAUCCAUAGUUACCAUGACAAGGGCGGCCAUUGCGGAGGUCUGCAUCAUCUGUAUACUGGUAGUGUGGACCUUACUGUACGUACUUAUUCCUAACCGGUCAGCUUUCUACUAUAAUAACUUCAACUUGUGCUUCAUCGACGCUGAUGCGGGGGAUGAUGUGAUGGGCCAACUCGGCAUGACUCUCUUCAUAGCUCUACCGAUGCUGAUAACGGUCAUGCUGCAUAUCAGGUUGUUCUUCCUGGCCACUCGCCACGCCUCCAAAGUCGGUAACAUAACUUUAGGAGAUAUAAAUUCGACAUCGGGGGCAAGUCAGAACUCGGAGGGCGAUGUGGAGCAGCGAGCUCAGUCAUCCCCACCGACGCAACGACGCGAAGGGCGCCAGCGGGUCAACUCGGACCGUCCCAGCCCCGAGACCAAAGCAGCUCGCACUUUUUUCAUCAUGGCCCUCGUCGCAGCUAUCUCUUGGACGCCUUACUACACCACCAUUUCGUGGGAAAACUUUCGCGAAGAAGAGGUUCCUGAGGCCUUGGCCUUCGUGGCCCAGAUUCUUCUACUCCUCAACAGUCUGUGGAAUGUCGUCAUAUAUUAUGCAAGGAACGACGCCUUCAGGAAGACGGCUAACAGACUGCUGGGCUGCUGUUUUCGAGUUCACUCUACGAAUGGAGAAGUGCUCAUACCUUGA